AUUACUGCGCUGUUGUUUAACUGAUACUCUUGCCGUCAAGUGCAGCAGAUGAUUUAAUGUCAUGAUGUUAAAUGCAAUAUGUUGUCGAAUGUCAUCAUUGCGAGGUCAUGCUAGUAUGCGUUCUUUUUUUUCAAAGGUUCCAUCUUCACCUACAUGGGAAACAAUAGAUCCAGAAAAAAUUCCAAAGGUUCCAAAAAUCGACAAGUUGUUAGUUGAUCAGUUGGAGCGACUUUCUCUUGUUGAAUUUAGCAGUGAUGCAGGAAUUAAAUGUUUGACAGCCGCCAUCCAGUCAGCCAACCAGCUGUACAAUGUGGACACUGAGGGAGUGGCACCACUCGACACAGUUCUAGAAAACAGAGAAUUAUAUUUAAGAAAUGAUGAAGUUACAGAAGGAAAUUGCAAAAACCAAAUUUUGCAAAAUGCUUCCAAAACUAUUGAAGACUACUUUGUUGCACCACCAGGAAAUAUACCACUGAAAGCAAAGGACACAGACUAUAAAAAGAAACUGUCCUGAUACAAGUGUAGUAUGGAAUAGAUUUCCUGUGUUUGUACAUAUUAGCAUUUCCUUUUAUGAAUGAGAAACAUUUGAAAGCAAAAUGCCAAAUUUUAAAAUAUAAAUUAUUAUAAGCAACAGGCAGAGAACUACCAUGUUUGGUAGAGAUGUGGACCACGUAAAAGAGGCUGUUCGGAUGGUUCUUGCUGGCCAGACACCUUGUCCGAUUGCAAAAGCAGCACCAAUCCCAAGGUCAACAUUGCAGCGAUAUGACUUUAAUUUUUUAUGUACUUCUAUAGUUUGUGUUGCCAACAAAUAAAUGGAGAAAUAUCA